AUGGACAAGGAUCCAAAUAUGGCCAAACAAUUUAUUAUGUAUACUAAUGAUGCGGUCGAAACCACAUUUGCUGAUGGUAUGAAAAUUUUUCUAGCACCAUGUGCUACGGAAUAUGUAGUCCAACAAGGCAAUCAUACACAAGGUGAAUUCGAUUUUGUUUUAUUUUUACUAUCUCUAUUAUCAUUUAUUCGAUCAGGUCUUAUGACGACAAAACAUCGUACCAUAUAUACAACUAGUACAUUAUUACCUCGUAUUCGAUCUAUUUUAACAUUUCGUAAUCUAUAUGCGCAGCAACCAUUUCUUGUUCCAGCACUAGUUGUUUCUAAUCAAUGUUAUCAAUCAUCGGGUACUGCUUCACAUGUUCGUUGGUCUCCGAACAUUUCUCUUCCCAGUAUUUCUGAUGAUGAUCCAACUCAAACGUGGUCAUGGACAUCACUAUGCGGUCGUGCUCGAAUCGAGAUUCCUCAAUGUCGACAAAUUGUAUAUAUAACUCAUCCUCUGCAAGUUUCACGUGUUUUAUCAAAACAAACAGAUGAUACUGAUAUUCCAACAAAAUAUGUUCAUAUAUUUGCACCUGUUCGUCGAUGUUUUUCAUGUCUAAAACUUCCUGAUUAUCUAUCAAAAUUUGUUCACAAAUGUCUCCGACUUAUUGAACAAUUGUCGAACACUCCAACUUCAUUCGAAAUUGAAGAUGAUGAUGGCGAUGGCAAUGAAUGGAAUUUUAAAUUGCCAUUAUCAUUACCUAGUUCAUCAUGUCCAAAAGCUCAUCGUCAUCGUUUACAUCAUGAAAUGAUGCUUGAAGCUGAUAUACAUAUUUUACAAACAGCAGCAAUUACAUAUAGAUUAGAAUAUGAAAAUCCAACGAGUAUAGAAGCACUUGUUAUUGAUGAAAAUACUCAACAUUUUAUCGACUAUGUUAUUACUUAUAAUGUUCAAUCUCAUUUUUAUAAGUAUUAUUCGAUUAAAGAUAAGCAAUGCCAUUUAUUAACAUUGUCGGAACAUGCUUUACCGCCUAAUAAUGAACAAUUAUUACAAAUAAUACGUUUCAUGUCUACUAUGCGUCAACGACUACUUAGUAUGAGUCGACGUGUUCAAGAACGACCAUGUUGGAUGCAAGAGAAUGUUUCAUCCGAUGAUCAUGUUAAUGAUACCACUCAACAAUUAAAAUUAUCUUCAUUAGAGAAUGAAUUCGAUGAUACAGAUAAUAUUUUUCGACAAACAUCUACUGCUGAUGUCGGACAUUUUAAAUAUUUUCUUGACAAUCAUGUUCAAAUAAAAUUUUUUAAUGAUUUUCUCUUGAUUAUGACUCCUGAACAAGUUCAUUCCUGUCAGAUGAAUCCAUAUGUUAAUUUUCAAUGUCGAAUAACGGAUAAGAAAAAACAAGCAAUUAUUGAUAUUUUCGAUGGUAUAGCUCAACCCGGUUGUUAUGAACAAUAUAUCACAGCUGCAAUAGAUUGGUGUAUGUGGGUAUCGAAUGAAAAGCGUAUGGAAGAACAGCGUAGUUUAUCAAAUGAUAUUCAAGAAGAAUUAUUUCGUUUAAAACUCUAUAGAAAUAGGACUGAAAUAAAAGAAUAUCAACAAUCGACAACAAUAGAUACACCAGUGAGAAAUCAAAUCGAAUACUAUUCACCAGAUGAUAUAAAACAAAUACUAGACCGUACAGCAAAAUUCACCCAACCACAAUCAUCUUGA